AUGUGUAUCCCAGGUCAACGUAGAGCUUUAUCAAAUGAUUACAAAUGUGUUUGUUAAGAUGGAUAUGGAAGCGAUGGAAUCUAAGAUAUUUGCAUUAGUACCUGAUUUAUAAGAUAAUCAUAGAGUGCCAUUAUUCAUGUAUGAGUUGUAAAGGACCUCUUGAAACUGAUUGUUUAUAAUGUUCCUCCAUUGCUCAUAGAUAUUUGACAAUUGAUAAUAAAUGUUCUUGCACCUAAGCCUAUUAUGAUCCUGGUUUCUACGAUCAAAUUUGCUAUUGUAAAUCUAUUUUUCAAUAAUUAUUAGUAUCUUGUCAUCAUUCUUGUACUAGUUGCAAUGUUUAUGGCUAAGAUUAAUGCACUUCAUGCCCUACAACAAGAAAUGCUGUUUAAGUUGGAACUACUUUCUAAUGUCUUUGCAAAGAUUCGCACUAUUAUAGUGAUCCGCUCUUUUUAGAAUGUUAGCCCUGCCAUCUCACAUGCAAAACUUGCAAUGGCACAAAUCAAACUAACUGUCUAACUUGCGAUACUAAUUACAGACAAUUGGUGAUUUCAAAAUGCGACUGCUACUCUGGUUAUUAUAGCACAGGCAGUCUGUAGUGUUCAUGUGAAUAUUUAAUACUUACUAUUAGAGUGUCAUUAUACCUGCCUAUCGUGUUUUUCUUCGGAUGAAGAAUCUUGUAUCACUUGUGCUUCAGAUAAAAACAGAGUUAUGAAAGCAAACAAAUGCAUCUGCAUGAAUAAUACAAUGUAAACAUCAAACACCGAUUCAAUGUGUGAAAGUAAAUUUUUCAUCUUAAUUUAGACUGCUCAUAUCGUUGUUCAUCUUGUACUAUAAAGCCAGAGAAUUGCACAACAUGCCCUGAUUCAUCGGAACGUGACUUAGGGACUGAUAAUUCUUGUUAAUGUCCAGCUUUUUAUUAUGAUUAACCUGGCAAUCCCAUUUGCAUAAGUUUUAUUUUAAAUUUAAUUUUAGAAUGUCAUAGUACUUGUCAAACCUGUCAAGGGUCCUAAAGUAAUUAAUGUACAUCUUGUAAUCUUCUAAGUAAAAGAGAAUUGAGCUCCAAUGGCGAAUGCAAAUGCCAAAAUUCAUACUUUGAUACAGGAAUACAAGAAUGUUAAAGUAUAUACUAAUCAUCAUAUUUAUAAGUUUGCAGUAGUGAUUGUUUAAACUGCACUAUUACUCCUACAAAUUGUACAUCUUGUAAACCAGAUAGAUAUUUAGUUGGAAACAGUUGUUUAUGCAAAACAAAACUUUAAGGCAGUUAUUUAACUACAUAUUUAGUGCCAUUGAAAAACCGUUGUUAAAGUAAAUUAAGGAAAUUUAUAAUCAGGUUGCCAUUAUAGUUGUCUAUCAUGCAGUGGUCCAUUAAUAAAUUAAUGUGUGUCUUGUUUGAAUUCAGAAUCAAGAAUUUUAGUUGCUACAAGUUGUGUUUGUGUAGAAAAUACCUUUGAUAUCAGUAUUCCUAAUUGUCAAAGUAAUUUAUUCCUUCAUCAUGUUAAGAAUGCGAUUAUCGAUGUUAAGGAUGCACAAUAUAACCUACUCUAUGUAAAGCUUGCCCAUCAUUGAGCUUAAGGGUAUUUAAUCCUUCAAACUCUUCUUGUAAUUGCCCCAGUGAAUAUUAUGAUGAUGGAGUUAAUAUUGUUUGUUAAAGUAGAAUUUUAUAAUAGCAUUAGAAUGCGAUUACUCUUGUUUGACAUGUGAAAUAACAUCAACUAGAUGUGAUUCUUGUUAAGUUAAUUCAUUUCGAACUUACAAUGCUUUACUAUUUUCUUGCCCUUGUAAUGAUUAUUAUUAUGAUUCUGGAAUUUCUAUUUGUAAAUAAUGUCAUUACUCCUGUUCACUAUGUAAUGCUUUUGGGGCUGAUUCAUGUAUAAGCUGUUAACCUCAAGCAACAUCAUUUAGAAUAUUGAAUGAAAAAGUUUGCUAAUGCCAACCUGGAUAUUAUGAUGAUGGAUUUUCUUCAAAUUGUUAAAAAUGCUUAUACAAAUGUUAAAACUGCAUUACUUCAUAAUCUAAUUGCACAUCUUGUGUGUAAACAAGGCAUUUAUAUCAAAAUCAAUGCCUAUGUGACACUGGUUAUUAUGAUAGUGGCUAAAGUAAUUGUAGUAAAUGCGAUUCAAAUUGUUACAAUUGCAAUUACAAUUCAAAAUUAUGUACAGAAUGUGAUUCGAAUAGCUUAAAAAUUUUGAACACAAAUAAUAAUACCUGCUAUUGUUAACCAGGCACAACUGAAAUAAAUGAAUUAUGUUAAUACUGUGAUGUAAAUUGCUAGACUUGCUCAAAUAGUAUUACAAAUUGUACUUCUUGUGGAAUAUUGAAACUGCUAAUUAAUUCAGAAUGCAUCUGUAUCAAUGGAACUUAUUUGUCGAACUUAGAUAAUAAAUGUUAUACAUGUAAUUCUACCUGUGAAACUUGUGGUGGAUAAGCCACAUUUUGCUUGAGUUGUUCUUCAGAUAAAAAUAGAAUUCUAAAUGAUAAAAAUCGCACUUGUAUUUGCAUGGCUGGAUAUUAUGAAGAUGUUGUAAAUAACUCUUGUUUAUAAUGCGAUCAAACAUGCUUAACUUGUUUUGGUAAUUCUUCAAAUUGCACAGAAUGUGAUUCAAGUCUGAACUUAACAAUAAAUUAGUAAAAUAGAUGCGUUUGCAAAUCAGGUUACUUUUUUAAUCUUAUUGCCUAAUAAUGUUAAAGUAUUAUUUACAUUUAUUUAAGUUUGCCACUUUAGUUGCAAUGAAUGCUAAAGUUAAACUUAAUGUUUGACUUGUGAAUUAAUAACUCGAUAUUUUGAUAGUGAUACAUCAAAAUGCUUUUGCAAGGAUGGCUUUUUCGAAGCGAAUCAAAAAUCAUGUUUAUGUAAUAAAUCUGAUUAAAAAUUAUAGAAUGUCACAGUAGUUGUAAAACAUGUUAGACUUAAUCAAAUAAAUGUCUAUCUUGUGAUUCAUCUUCUUUUAGAUAUUUUUAAAUGAAUUCUUGCCCCUGUCUUGAUGGGUAUUAUGAGGUUGGAAUUGAAAUGUGUCAAAAAUGCAGUGAAAUUUGUAAAACUUGCUAGAUAAGUUCAACAAAAUGUUAAUCCUGUUACCCAAAUCAUCUUCGUGCAGUAAAUCAAAAUAAUUGUACUUGCAUUCCUGGGUAUUUUGAUAAUGGAUCAGAAAUAUGUGAAAGUAUUUAUCAUUUUUAAUUAGAAUGCUCAAAUUCUUGUUAGACUUGUAAAAAUUAAAAAGAUUAUUGCACUAGUUGUGAUCUUAAUUAAAAUAGAUUAGAUUAAUCUAUUAUUCAUAAAUGUCCUUGCAUUUCUGAUUUUUAUUAGGAUUCUAAUGAAAUUUGCUAAAGUAUUAUUUCUUUUAACUUAGAAUGCCAUGUAAAAUGUUCUGGGUGUGUGAAUGAUAGAAAUAAUUGCUUAAGCUGCAAAUAUAUCUAAGGUUCCAAUAGAUUAACAAUUGCAAAUCAGUGUAAUUGUAAAAUUGGAUAUUAUGAUGAUGAUGUCCACAUUAUCUGUAAUAAAUGUGAUAGUCGUUGUAUUACUUGUGAAAAUGAUGCAAAAAAUUGUCUUUAAUGCUUCAGUAACUUAAGAAUAAAUCCACCGGAUUGUUCAUGUAGGAACGGCUACUUUGAAACAUCAUAACUAAUUUGUGAAGGUAGUUGUUAUUAUUAUUACCAAGCUUGCGAAAUUUAAUGCAAUACAUGCUAAACUAUGCCGUCCAAUUGCUUAACGUGUAAGGAAGGUCGUAUAAACAAAUCGUGUGAAUGUGAAGAAGGAUAUUUUGAAGGUGGCCAACCUUUAUGCAUUUGUAGAUAUUGAAUCAAUAUUUUAAGAAUGUGAUUUUUAAUGUCAAAAAUGCGAACAUUAUCCAGCUAAUUGCCUAGCAUGUAAAGGUGAUAGAUUGGAAAUUCCAUUUUGCCUAUGUUAGGAUGGAUAUUAUGAUGAUUUUUAAAGUGUGGAUUGUUUGAAAUGUGAUUAAACUUGUAAAACAUGUACUUUGUAUGAAUGUUUAACAUGUAAUGGCAAUAGAAUUUUAUCUGAUCAAAUGACUUGUGAUCCGCCUCCAAAUUCAGUUAGCUCCCUAUUAACUCCUUGGUGUUCAAGUAUAAUAUUCAUAAUAUCAAAGAUUGCGAAGUAGCAGUGAUGAAGAUUAUAUUAUCUGAUGAUCUGACAGCAAUAAUUGUAUAAUUUGAUUUCCCCUUAAAUCCAAAUUUCUUUUCAACUUCAACUUAACUUGAUAGCAACCCUUGCUUUAACGUACUAAACUAUACUACUCUUUCAAAAUUAGGAAUAAAUCCAAUGUGUAUAAUAGAUCCAGAUAAUGAACAUUAGUUAAUUUUGAAUCUAGGUCGCAAUCCCACUAUUAUUCCAGGAGAUUUAAUUGAAUUUUUGCCAGGUUCAUUCGGUCACAAAAAUUGUAAUAGCAAGCUGUAGUACUUUGAAUUAAAUAAAAUGCAAAAACCUUCAAAUCCAUUAGCCCCUGUUAUCAAAUAUGAUGUACCUACCUAUCUUUGUAAUCCUUGUAAUGAGAACAUUAUAUUAAUGGAAUAAAAACUCUAUGAUGGAUUAAGAAGUUUUAUCUCCGUAUCAUGGUCUUUUAUUGUGCAGGGGGAAAACGGAAAUGGUGAUCUUGCUAAUUUCGUAACUGAAUUAACAAAUUUAUAAUUAUUGGAUCUAGCAAUCCCAGAAAAAACAUUACCAAUCUACUCUAAUGUUACCUUAUUUGUGGAAGUUCAAAACUUUGUUUAAAAAACAAAUGUUUUCUAAAUAUUUAUUCAAACACAUGCAGGAUAAUUUCCUAGUAUUUUUUCGAAGUUUAAACUGUAAUAUUAUCCUUUUGAAUCUAUAAAUCUGGCCUUCACUUUAAUUUCUAAAAGUUGCAUAGAAAAUUCAAAAAUAUCAAAUGAUAAUUCUCAAUAUUAAAUUGAAUUUUAUGAAAUAUAUAGAAAUAAUUCUAUAUCUAGACCUUCUAACCUUAACUAUACUAAAUUAAUUAAUUCCAACUUAAUGGAAUUUAAUAUUCAAAGCUACUCCUUAAGUGCUUGGACAGAUUAUACAUUUCAAUUAACUAUUUCAGAUUCUUCAAUUUAAUAUUAUUCCUAGCAAAAUGUAACUGUUUAGAUUAAGUCAGCAGGAAUUCUUUGCCAAUUUAAUGGAACAAAGAGAUUGCAAAAUUAUAUAGAUGUUACAAAUAUUUACAUCUAAUGCAAAGAUCUUGAUGUUUAAUAUAAUUGGAAUGAAGAUCCAGAUUUGUCAAUAAUAGUUAGUUGCUUAGAUCUAACGUCACAAGAAAAAUGUAUGGAUUCUAAUUAGAAAAAUUUAUAAAUUAAUUCUACCUCAACAAGUUAGUUUUUUCCUAAAGCUUCUUUUUAGCCAUUCACAAUUUAAGCGUGGACUGUAAUAGCUACGAAAAAUUCAUAAUCAUACAGUUAUAAAAUCAUUAUUGUAUAUUUAGAAUAAGAUUUCAAAAUCCUAAACAUCGAUUAUAAUAUUGGAUAUUUGGUAAGGCCUGUUAAUAAUUAUGAAGAUUUAUAAUUUACAUUUAAUAUACCUUUUCAGAAUAGACAAUACCUUAUAGAUUAUUAAAUAGCAAUAAUUUAUGAUUAUUAACUAAUUUCAAUACUGCGGCCCCAAUACUACAAAUAUUCCUUUUAAUUAUAUGAUUAUUAUUAAUAAUUUAAUAAAGGAAAUAAAUUUAACCUAAAGUUUUUAGCUCAAUAUACUAAUGAUAUCAUUCCUGAUCAAGCAGACUUAAGCCUAAUUUUAAAUUAACCUCCAAUUUGCAGAUUUCAAAUGCUAGAAUAAAAUAUCAAAGCCUUAGAGUCUCAAAAAAUGGCAAUUAAUUGUGAAUAGUCUGAUGAUAAACCAUAUCUUUAUUAAAUGAAAGUUUUUUUGCUUAAAGAUGAUUUUGAAGAGUUUCAAAAUAAAUAAUCAGAUAAUUCACUACUUUUCAACAGCUUUCAGAAAUCUAGUAAUUUAAUAGGAUAUUUUCCUAAUUUAGAAAUUAAUGUCAUAUUUUAGAUCAUAGAUUAAGGAGGGUCUAUUACAAACAUUUAAAAGCAAUUAAAUAUGUCACAGAAUCAAGUUGCCUGUGCGAAUUAAGCUAUAGAUCAAUUAAUAUUGAAGGAAAAAAUUGCGUGGAUAUUUGAGAUAAUGAUUAAUCGUUAAGACGAAUUAAAUUGCAUCAAAAUGAAGGAUGAAUUAUUAGAAUAUGUUGAAUUGGCAAUAAACUCUUAAGAUAUUUAUGAAUAAUUAUUAGCCCAUCAAACAAUUGAUCUAUACAAAAAAUUAAUAAUGAAAUAGUAGGCUUCCAAUACUUCAACAAGGUUAUUAGAGUAAAAUUAGCAACAUGAAUGCUACAAUAAUGACACAUUUCUCUUUAUUAAUACUAAUUAAGAACACUUCUUGAAAAGCAGCACUAAUAUUUCAUUCUUAGUAACUUAAUCUUAAAAAGUGGAAAAAUAAGUAACAAAUUUAAUAAAGUUGAAGUUGAAUUUUGAGAAGUAAUAUGAACAAAAUACUCUAAUAGUUGAUACUUAGUCAAUUAUGCUGAUUAAAAGCUUAAUCUAGAUGCUAUAAAUUUCAGUACAAUUAAUUGAUUAUUAAUUUGUAAUUAUUUCUCAAAAUGUAACGUCAGCAGAGAAUUAAGAGCAAGUAGCAAAGAUAUCUGAAAAAUUAAUUUAUUUAAUUGAUAAUAUUACAACUCAUAUUAGUGGCAGUGUCUAAGUGAAUGGAUAGGUUUUAUUGAUUUAAGGAAUGAUGUUGAAAUUAUAAUUUUAAAAACUUACGAAGUCAAAACAUAAUAUAGAUUUUUAAAUGCAGAAUGAUUACUUAGAUAAUUUAAUUACAUUCAUACAGAAGUAAUAACUAAUAGUGAAUUAUAAUUAUUAUAAUCAAUCACAAACUUACAGGACUAUGCUGCAAAUUUACUUAAAUAGAUCAGAUUUUGAGAUUGAUUAAAAUCAUUUAGUCAAAACAAUGCUAACUAAUUUCCUUUAUACUAAUUCCUAAAUUAAUCAGCUUGAAUUAAGUAAUUAUUAUAGAAUUGACCUGGUAGAAUUUUAAUUUUGCGAAGCUUCAAACCAGUUUUCUGUAGCUGUUGAAUAUAAUUAUUAUUGUAUUAAUCAUAUAACGGAAAAUAAAUUUGAAAAAUGUGAUUUAGAAAUGGAAGAAAUUGAUAAUGAAAGCACACAACUCUUUUGUAAAUGCAAGACAAUUGGAAAUUUAUUUUUGAUAAAAAUUGCUAAUAAAACGAUAACAUACAAUAAUAGUACAUUAGUAAAUUAAUUUUAAUUUGAUUUUUUAUCGAUUAAAUUAUUUGAGCACGCUUUUCUAUUUGUCUAGGGAGGAGUUAUUUUAUUAUCCUUUUUUGUUUAUUGUACCCUAUUAUACAAAGAAUAUAAAAGUUAAAAGAAGAGAGACGUAGUAUAAAGUUAAAGUGAAGGAUAAGAUACUCUAGAGGUAGGUCAGAAGGUAUUGGGGAAAAAACUCUAUCCUGGCCACGUUUUUAUUUUUAAAGCAUCUUUCAAGGUAAAUUACUUAAUUAUAAAAUAGUAUCUCCAUUCAAUUUUGUAAUUUUUUUAAGAUGAAGAAAGCAAUUUGAAAAAUGUAAAUAAAAGCUUUAAAUUUUUACAGCUUAGUAAUUAAUUAAGCAUUUUAAUAUUAAUAUCUAUUUGGGAAGUCUUAACUCCAAAUUUCAUACUUAUGAAUGCAUUAAUAAACCUCCUUAUUCUAUUAGGCGUGAGAACAAUCACAAAGAUAUUUUAAGCAAUUUAUUAAUUUGGAGGCAAAAUUGCUAUCGCAGUAGUUCUACUGUAUUUUUGCCUUCUUGGUAUCUUUUUAUUACUUACAAUUUUUGAAUUAAAUUAAAUGUAUAUUAUUUUAUUAUCUUAUAUUAGUGAAGUAAAUAAGACUGACAUGAACAUUUAAAUAGCUCUCAAUAUAUUAAGCACUUUAUUUUUAGUUUUUUUCAUUUUUGAGCCAAUCGCAAUUUAUCUAAGAAUUGUUUUAUACAAAACCUUCUUUGAAAGUGCUAGCAAUAAUGAAUAUAUACCAAUUAACCAUUUUAUAUAUUUCUUUAUCUAUCAUAGUAGAUUAAAUAGAAUUUAUGAGUAACUAAAUAUUAAAUGA